CUUUCAUCUUCUUCACACCCAUCAUCGACCUUACUCAUGUCAUUCGCCCAGGCGGUCACGAUCAUUGAGUCCUACCUUUAGCUCUUGAGGUAUUCAUUUGAAUCCCGCAUUGGCUGAGAUAUCCACCUUCGCCUGCGUCGCCUUCGUGAUGUUUCUUCUUCCUCUUCCACAUUCAACACUAUACACCCCUCCUUCGUCUCCUGGAAGUACGCCACAAUCAUGAACACUUGCCUUGUUUUUAUAUAAUUGAGAAUCGCUUCGAAUCCCACCAUGACCCACCGUGGUCCAUCUUCCGCCUUCGAAAGCGAGACCUUUGGUCAGGAUGCCUCCUUCAGACUCGAACAGCCGGUUGGAGCCUUGUCCAUUUCUCCAAGUGGACGAGACGUUGUUCUGGCUUCCAAAGAAGGCCUACAUAUCAUUGAUCUCGAUUCACCGUACUCUCCACCUCGCUACUUGGCUCAUCGAACUCCGUGGGAGGUGGCCGAUGUCCAAUGGUCCCCCUUUGCUGCACGCGAUCACUGGAUCAUUAGUACAUCCAAUCAGAAAGCCUUGGUCUGGAACUUACGUGCUCGCUCCUGGCAGGACUCCAUCGAAUAUGUUCUGCAUGGACAUACUAGGGCCAUUACCGAUAUCAACUUCUCCGCCCACAACCCUGACGUUUUGGCCACCUGUGCCGUCGACAGUUUCGUUCACUGCUGGGAUCUGCGCACCCCGUCAAGACCUGUCAACUCUUUCUCUGAUUGGUUUGCUGGUGCAACCCAGGUGAAAUGGUGCCGGCAGAAUGAACACGUGGUUGCGAGCUCCCACGACAAAUUCCUCCAUACCUGGGACGUCCGGAAAGGCGCACAUCCCCUCAAAACCAUCCAGGCACAUGGCACCAAAAUCUACGGCAUUGACUGGAAUCGACAUCAACCAAACAAAAUCCUGACCUGCUCACUUGAUAGGACCAUCAAAUUUUGGGACCUGGACAAGGCUGAUGACCAGCCAGAACGCGUGAUUGAGACGCCUUUCCCUGUCUGGCGCGCUCGUCACACCCCUUUCGGCUGGGGUCUCGUCGCAAUGCCUCAACGUGGCAACAGCAAUCUACACCUCUAUGAUCGCAGGGCCGUCCAUGGUGUGUACGAAAGCGGACCCGUCCGCCCUGUCACAACUUUUCCUGGCCAUGAUGGCCAAGUCAAAGAAUUUCUUUGGAGAUCACGCGGAGACAUAAACAACGACAUCGAUGAUAGGGAAUUUCAGUUGGUUACCUGGGGCACCGAUAGAGAGUUGCGACUCCAUGCUGUCAACCCCGAGGUUUAUCUCGAUAUUGGGUACGAAAAGGGAGUAUCAAAGGUACAACGCCUUCAUAAUACCCGGAAAGGAGCAACAUACCGCACCUUCCGAGACGAGCCAAAAGAUGAAGAUUCUCCAAUCGAGCCGCCGAGAGGUGAAUUCCUGCCCCGUCACAGCAUGGUCCAAUUUCGUGCACGCACAAGCACCAAUGUUGGCAUGAACAAAAACCCUGUCACCCAGUUCCGAGGAUGGGUGGCAGGUGGCCGCCAAAAUCAACCAUCAGGCAUGCACGGUCGAGGUCAUAAUCGACAAACGGCUGACCCCAUUGCUUGGUUGAAAAAUGUCAAGAUCUUCUCCUGGGACCCCGACGCCAUUGCUGAGGAGAUCCGUCAGGUGGGCGAAAAGUUCAAGAAUGUCGAAUUUGAAUUUCUCGAUAUAGCGCAUCGGAAAGCAAUCAUGAGCAUUCACGCCCCCUGGGGUGAGAACCAGACUCCGGUCUAUCUUAAAGUCGAGAUGCGCUUCCCCAAAUUGUACCCACGCGAUGCCAAUGCCGUUCUUAGUCUGCAAAAGACAGCCUCCAUCGAUGAAGCCUCGCAUAAACAUAUCUCUACCGAAUUACAAACCAUCUCGGAGACGUAUGCAUCUCGAAGAAGGGGUUGUCUGGAAGCCGUCAUGAGAUAUUUAUUACGGGAGCAGAACUUGGAACAAAUCGUUGCCUGGGUUUUAGGCGAGUCGAUCACCGACUCGAAGAUCCUUGAACCGGCUGCCAUCGCCGUCGAUGACUCCAGCAGUGAUGAGGACGAUCAGAUAGAGGCUGCUGACAAGCGUCUAGAUGCUUCGGCAAAUUUACGUGUCCCGCUAGCCAAAGGUUGCGGAGCCCUUUGGUCAGACACUGGAAAACUAGUUUGCUUCUUCCCAUCAAAGCCCAAAGAACCUGUCUCAUUUCUUAGUACCCUCGGGGUGAAGGACCUUGAGGAAUCCGAGUCGAGCAGAUUGUUCGAGGGCUUUGGUAGGUUGAAUACUAGUUCGCCCGCUCGAAAAAUGGCCAGUGGAACGAGAACAGCCGACGAUGAGACAUCUUCAGAUACUUCCGAGUCUUCCUGGACAUCGUCAAGCAGCUCGUCUGCCUCAUUUGAAACUGAGCACAAUGCCCAAGGAGGGUCCUCUCUGCCAAUCGUGGUUUCUGGUUUGCACCAGCGGUCUCGCUCGCCAGAUCGCUCCAAUCAAUCGACAACAGGUGGCCAGAAACUGAACGAAGCUCCUCAAACAAGCUCGGUCUCUCUUCACACCUUCGACGAUCUCAUCCCCUCGAAGCGUGAAUUGGCCGAAGAUUACAGGAUAGUCGGCAAUGGAGGUGAAGUUUGCGAUCACAAUGCCAAGGUAGCCGCCGCCGCGUCCCUAGAUGACCUCGCGUCUGUGUGGACACUGUUAGGGCUUAUACUGGACGAUUCGGUGCCUCUAGAGGUAUUUGCAGAGGUAAACCACAAUGCAAUCAAUGAUAUUACAUUGAUCGCUAAAAUGGCAAACCCAAAUUCCAACAAGUACAAAGGUCCAAUGGCCAGCGAGCUCAGAGGCCGCACUCGAUGGGGCAAUCAUCCCUUGGGCUCACCCUACCUCAUUCCCGCCCUGUUCGACCACUUUGAAAGGCUUGGGGACAUUCAAAUGCUGGCCAUGAUGUCUUGUGUCCUUACUUCCAUGAUAGAGGCGGACGGCAUCUCAAGAGAUCCAUGGAAAGGUCAGACGGUGAAUGGCACAAAUGACAACCUGGCUCGAUUUGAUUAUUUCCCCUCGAAAGCCGUUGCAAAGGCAUUCUUCCGACCGGAACCCCCUCCAGUUGGCUUCACCCUAGUUGAUCAGUCAGUUCUGCUUCCUCAGUCUGGAUCACAGCUGGCUGGGCAUAGGCAGCUGAUGACUGGCCAACCAAGAUCGCAGACGGCUCAACGCCAUGCUCUUGCACGACAUGAGAGUCAGCUUUCAUCCCGAGCACACAGCUUCAUGGGUGACGAUCUAAGCGAGCCAAGGACCACCCACUCUACGACAAUGUCGAUGUCGACAUCACCAGAGGGAAAUCGAGCGAACCACCGAUCUACCGCAAGUAUUGCCUACUCCACGGCACGAGCCAGUCUCUCUGCGUUGACACAAAGUUAUUCCAACUCACCACCCAGCCAAAAUUCGGCAUCUGCGAUUGCUUCAAGCAUCAAGAAAUACAGCCCUUCAAGUUCUCUGGCACCUAAUUGGGUUGCACAUGGCCUUUUUGGUAGUCAAUCCACAGGCCGGCACUCACGGUCCUAUUUGAUCGGGGGUGAAGCGGGCAGCCAAGACAGUCGUGACGCAAGGACGCGGACGUCUAUGUCGUCUGUAAGCCUGCGGAAUGAAGUUCCAAGAUCAGACGCUGGACGUCGGAGCUUGUGGUCCAUCGCGCCAUCCGAGGUUUCGGAUCAGACACAGAAGAAACCUCCGACAAAGCGGAAGAGAAUAAAGACAAUCUUGUAUAAUCAAGACAAAUUUGACUUGGAUGGCUACCCACAUUCAGGAUUCUCAGACCCGGAGUUGGAUGAAAGAUGCAGAACGUAUCGAGCAUGCUAUGCGCACCUUUUGGAUGUCUGGCAAUUGCAUGUUCCGCGGGCCGAGAUCUUAAAAGCGGAUGGCAUUAGGAUGGACGACCGGUUUGUCAGCCAACAACGCUUGGGAUCACUUGCGGCGACAACGGCAGGGGUCCAAAGCCACCACGCGCUCCCCGCUCAAGGUCGGAUGAAGACGCUGGGCUCCGCUCUGCGAUUUCGCGGUCUCGGAUUGGAGAUCAGGCAAUGCUGUCAUCGUUGUGGACAAGUUCUAGCAGCGAUUGAGAAGAAUGGAAUCCCUUUCGGCUGGCAUUGCGUUCAGGAUGAAUGCUCAGAAGCCACACGCCGUUUAUCCAAACACAUUGCUUGUGUGAUCUGUAAUAAUGCGGUCAAGGGCCUCUCAGUUCCGUGCCUUCAGUGUGGGCACAUGACAUGCUUCGAAUGCGCCCAAGAAUGGUUCGGACCAGAGUUAACAAGGGGGCGUGGUCCAGACUCACGUCGUUCAACCGAAGAGACCCGGCCCAAUACUCCUACCGAGAGCGUCCGAUUCAAUGACAGUUUAGAACCAAUCAAUGACGCCUACGAAGGCCAGACGUGCCCAACAGGUUGCGGAUGUCCCUGUUCAACUUUGAGUGUGGUCAAGGCGCCUUUUCCACAUACCCACGAUGAUCAAGACGAUGUCCAGGUGCAUUCCCUCAUUCGUCGAUACAGCAACAGCAACUCGACGAUUGGCCGGACUCCGAGCGUUUUCUCAGGGAAUCAGUCUGUCGUUGACCACGGCGUUGGUGCAGGUCACAUUGAGAGCCACGGCGGCUCUGAUGCUGCCUUUGCUGCCUUCCUUGCGAUAUCGCAAAAUCAUCCGCGACAGCGAUCAGUCACGAACCAUUCCUCUAAUGGGACGAACACGCCUUCGACAGCAGGAAAUUCAACCCGAGCGUCUCGAAGCAAAGCGCCAUCCAUGUCCCAUUAUAACACUGUACCCAGCCGCCCGAUACUUGAAGCUGAAGAAAUGGUCAUUGGGCCGGAUGACAGUGAAGGAUUUGGGCUGCCCCACAUAGGCUACAACGAGCCGGAGAGUGACGAGAUGAAGCUCAACCCAUGGGCGGGCAGCAAGAUCGCAACAUUGGGUCGAGGGAUAGGGGCUGGAUUGAGCCGUGGCCUGAGUAGUAAGGGUAGCAGUACGACCAUCCGGAAGGGCAAGUGAGGAGACCAAGUAAUGUGCUAUUGUAACUUUAGAGUGUACUAAGAGAAUUCCCA